AUGGAUAUCUCAAAGCCGGUCGCAUCGGAGAUCACGUCGGUCGAUUUCGGCGUGAUGUCCGCGCGAGAGAUUCGCAACCUAUCUGCCAUGCAAGUCACGAAUCCAACGGUUCUGGACAAUUUGGGCCACCCGAUCUCCGGAGGUCUCUAUGACCUUGCGCUAGGCGCCUUUUUGCGGAACCUGUGUUCCACUUGCGGUCUGGAUGAAAAAUUCUGUCCCGGACAUCAAGGCCACAUCGAGCUCCCGGUCCCUUGCUACAACCCGCUGUUUUUCAACAGCUUAUACAUAUAUCUACGAAGCACCUGCUUGUACUGCCACCGCUUCAGACUGAGAUCUGCAGAGGUGCAUGCAUUCGCCUGCAAACUGCGGCUUUUGCAGUACGGUCUCAUUGACGAAGCGUACCAAAUUGACAGUUUCAGCGUAGGAUCGUUGGAUCUUGACGAAGACGACGAGGCAACCGAGGACAAUGGUCUGUCCGGCCCUCCUGUUAACACCGGUGCGCUUCGCGAGUUGGAGGCGAAGCGCACGGAAUUCGUUGAAACAAGCAUCGCCAAAGCGAUCUCUGUCGGCCGCACCAGCCACAACGGGGUCUUCACUGCCACUUUGAAUGAAGAGCGCAAGGUUCUGAUACACGAGUUUCAUAGGAAACUGCUCUCCAGACCCAAGUGUGACAACUGUGGCAUGUUCUCGCCCAAAUUCAGAAAAGACGGCGUGACCAAGAUCUUUGAAACGGCUUUGACUGAGAAGCAACAGACCAACAACAGGGUCAAGGGUCUCAUCCGUCAAGACAUGAUCAAGAAACAGGAGCAAGCUAGAAAAUUGGGCGGCAACGACCAAGGCGAAGUCAACGAAGACUUCAACUCGGAAAGAAUGAACUCCUCCAAACCAAAGACUGGGUCUACAUACAUUCUGUCCACCGAAGUCAGAAAUAUUUUACGCAACGUUUUCAGAAAAGAGCGCAAUGUUCUUCAAUACGUUCUAAACUCGAGACCAAAGCGUGGCAAGUACGAGGUGUCUGCUGACAUGUUUUUCUUGGACGUUAUCGUCGUUCCUCCAACUCGGUUUCGCCUCCCCUCUAAGCUGGGAGAUGAAAUCCACGAGAACACCCAAAAUCAGCUUCUUUCCAAAAUUCUGACAACGUCUUUGCUCAUUCGGGACCUAAAUGAAGAGAUGUCCAAAUUGCAAAAAGACAAGGUAUCCGUCGAAGACAAGAGAGUGAUCUUCAACAGACUAAUGAAUGCUUUCGUGACAAUUCAAAACGAUGUUAAUGGAUUUAUAGACUCCACAAAGGCCCAGGGAAGCAACGGAGGCAAGGUCCCAAUCCCUGGUGUAAAGCAAGCUCUGGAAAAGAAGGAAGGUUUGUUUAGAAAGCACAUGAUGGGUAAGCGUGUGAAUUACGCCGCAAGAUCCGUCAUUUCUCCAGACCCCAAUAUCGAAACAAACGAGAUUGGUGUGCCACCAGUCUUCGCCAAAAAACUUACGUACCCUGAGCCAGUGUGUUCUUACAAUGCCGCCGAGUUGCGCCAAGCCGUUAUCAAUGGUCCUGACAAAUGGCCAGGUGCCACUCAGAUUCAAAACGAGGAUGGAUCUCUCGUUUCGCUGAUUGGAAUGACGCAGGAGCAGCGCAAAGCUUUGGCUAAUCAAUUACUGACCCCAUCGACUCAAAAUUCCACUCAUGCUCUGAACAAGAAAGUUUACCGCCACAUCCAGAACAGAGAUGUUGUCAUAAUGAACCGUCAGCCCACCUUGCACAAGGCGUCCAUGAUGGGUCAUAAAGUUAGAGUUUUGCCUGGUGAAAAGACUCUCCGUCUGCACUAUGCGAAUACUGGUGCUUACAAUGCAGACUUCGACGGUGACGAGAUGAACAUGCACUUCCCUCAAAACGAAAAUGCCAGGUCCGAGGCUUUCACAUUAGCUAACACAGACUCUCAGUAUUUGACACCUACAUCUGGCUCGCCUGUUAGAGGUCUAAUUCAGGACCACAUUUCUGCAGGAGUGUGGCUAACCAGCAAAGACAGCUUUUUCACCAGAGAACAAUAUCAGCAGUACCUCUAUGGCUGUAUACGUCCCGAAGACGGCCAUGCCACGCGAGGCAAGCUAGUGACAGUACCACCUGCUGUGUUCAAGCCAGUGCCACUAUGGACUGGUAAGCAAAUAAUAACAACGGUUCUCCUCAACAUAACUCCAGCAAACAUGCCUGGUAUAAACCUAACAUCUAAGAACAAGAUCAAAGACGAUUACUGGAGCAACCACUCCAGCGAAAACACUGUGAUCUUCAGGAAUGGUGAGCUUUUGUGUGGAAUUCUGGACAAAUCUCAAUACGGUGCCUCGAAGUUUGGUAUCGUGCAUUCUUUGCAUGAACUCUACGGUCCUGAAACUGCUGCUAAGGUGCUUUCCGUUUUGGGUAGACUUUUCACCAAUUAUAUUACUUCGACUGCGUUUACUUGUGGUAUGGACGAUUUGCGUCUAACAGACGAGGGGAACAAAUCAAGAGCUGACAUCUUGAAAACUUCCAGAGAUAUAGGUCGUGUUGCUGCUGCCGAGGUUACUAAUCUUGACAACAAUGUCGCUUCAAAUGACCCCGAAUUAUUGACGCGGUUGGAAGAAAUUCUAAGAGACGACAAUAAACUAGGUAUUCUUGAUGCGGUAACUUCCUCGAAGGUUAACGGGAUCACAUCAAAAGUUGUUUCAACUUGUGUUCCUGGAGGGACGAUGAAGAAGUUCCCCUACAAUUCCAUGCAGGCUAUGGCUCUGUCAGGUGCCAAAGGUUCCAACGUCAAUGUCUCCCAAAUUAUGUGUUUGUUAGGUCAACAAGCUUUAGAAGGCAGAAGAGUUCCUGUCAUGGUAAGUGGCAAAACGCUUCCAUCCUUUAAGCCUUUUGAGACCGAUGCAAUGGCAGGAGGUUAUAUCAAGGGUCGCUUUUACUCCGGUAUAAAACCUCAGGAAUACUAUUUCCAUUGUAUGGCAGGUCGUGAAGGUCUUAUCGAUACCGCCGUCAAAACCUCCAGAUCCGGCUAUUUGCAACGUUGCUUGACUAAACAACUAGAAGGUGUUCAUGUCUCGUACGAUAACUCCGUGAGAGACGCAGAUGGUACAUUAAUCCAAUUUUUGUACGGAGGUGAUGCUGUGGACGUCACCAAAGAGUCUCACAUGAACGAAUUUAAUUUCUGCGCUGAAAACUACGAUGGUUUACUAACCAAAUAUAAUCCUUCAGCGCUUAUUGAACAUUUGGAUGUGGAGGCAGCCCUCAAAUACUCGAAAAAGGCUCUAAAACAAAGAAAGAAAAACAAGGGUGUUCCCCACUUCGCCCAACGUAUUAAAUAUGAUCCUAUUCUUUCGAAGUUUAACCCAGGGAAAUACUUAGGGUCUGUUUCUGAGAAGUUCCAGGAUAAGUUGGAACAAUUUAUUGACUCGAGCACAGAACUUUUCAAAUCGCGCAACGGCUUGACUGAAAAGAAGUUUAGAGCUUUGAUGCAGUUGAAGUACAUGCGUUCUCUUAUCAAUCCGGGUGAAGGUGUGGGAAUUAUCGCCUCGCAGUCUGUUGGUGAACCUUCUACUCAAAUGACGUUAAACACUUUCCAUUUCGCCGGUCAUGGUGCUGCAAACGUGACGCUUGGUAUACCUCGUAUGCGAGAGAUCAUUAUGACUGCUUCCUCUGCCAUUAAAACACCUCAGAUGACUUUACCUAUACUAGAUGAUGUUACAGACACUCAGGCAGAAACUUUCUGUAAGUCUAUUACGAAAGUUAUGCUUUCAGAAGUGAUUGAUAAAAUUGUCGUGACUGAAUCGACAGGAACGUCCGAGAGUACGACGGCUUCUCGCUCGUACGCAGUGCAUAUGUCUUUCUUCCCCUCCUCCGAUUACAUUUCCGAGUAUGACGUGUCGAAGGAAGAGCUUCAGAAUGUUGUGUCUGACAUGUUCUUGCACUCAUUGGAGACUGCAAUUGUUAAAGAAAUCAAGAAGCAGAAGAAAACCGUGGUUCCAGAUAUUAGCACUGCUGUAUCCAAAUCGGCUACAAAGGAAACUGCCGCUUCUGCCGCUUCUUUAGACGACGACAACGACGAAGAGGAGUCUCGCAAGAAAUCUAAACAAGCGGUUUCUUACGAGGACCCUGAUGAUGACGAAUUAGAGACAAUGAGGCGUGCUGAACGUACCGACGAGGAGCUUUCCGAGAUGGAAACAAGCUCUUCGGAAUCAGAAGACGAAGAUCAGGAAAUGGUUGAUGCCGUAAAGCAAGAGGCGAAUGACGACUUGCAGGAAACCUUGUCAAAAGCGCAGCGUGACAGACAGUCUGCCGUGAUAUCUUCCCACAGAUUUAUCUCACAGUACAACUUCGAUGAUGAAGACGGAUCAUGGUGUCAUUUUAAGUUUGAUUUGGCUGCUGAUACCGAGAAACUUUUGAUGAUCAACAUUAUCGAAGAAAUUUGCAGAAAGUCCGUCAUCAGAGAGGUUCCAAAUAUCUCUCGUUGUGUUCACCCUGAUCCAGAAAAUGGCAAGCGAGUGCUUGUUACAGAGGGUGUCAACUUCCACGCCAUGUGGGACCAGGAUGCUUUCAUCGACGUCAACGGUAUAACGUCAAACGAUAUUGCUUCCGUUCUAAAAACUUAUGGUGUGGAAGCAGCCAGAAACACGAUUGUUAAUGAAAUCAAUAACGUCUUCUCGCGUUAUGCAAUUGCCGUGUCGUUCCGCCAUCUAGAGUUGAUUGCUGACAUGAUGACAAGACAAGGUACCUAUCUGGCCUUUAACAGACAAGGAAUGGAGUCUUCCACUUCCUCAUUAAUGAAAAUGUCAUACGAGACCACAUGCGGUUUCCUCACGAAGGCUGUUCUGGACAGCGAGCGUGAAGAACUUCAUACCCCAUCUGCCCGGAUUGUUUUAGGAAAGUUGGCCAAUGUGGGCACAGGUUCUUUCGAUCUUUUGGCCAAAAUACCUUCAAAGUAG